CGUCAUCGUCGCCGCUAGCCGUCAGCCGUCCGCCGCUAGGACCAUUCUGCUACUGUUAUCGCUUAUCAGUGACUACCGACAGCCGCGGACCGCUUACGCGUCCCUCGCAUCGCGUCAUUUGAUAUCUUACAUCCCCUGUCUAUCUGUUGAGGUCCGAACAGCCCGGCGCGAUCACGACAACCCACGGAUAUGAUCCGAGUGCUGUAUCCUCUCAAUAUCGUCAUCAUCUGUGACUUCCACAAGCCAACACAAACAUUUCGCGAGCAAGACUGUGUGCGGUUCUAUCGUUAAGUUCAAAAACUCCGCAGCUUCAACCGUCAGAAUUUCGGGUCUUGUGUGGCCUCGGUACGGGGCGGCUAUGGGCACGGACAAUUGUCAGUUCCGGUUCGGCAUGGGACACAACCAGCACCAGCAUCAGCAACAGGUCGCCUACCAGUGGCACCAGCAUCAGGGCUGGACCCAGCAUAAGAUGUAUGAAGCGCCGAGCCAAACGCCGCAGCCGCCGCCGCCGCCGCCCAAACGAUACCUCAUCGCAGGAAAAUCUUGUGGAAAAGAAAGCCCAGACAAGAAAGAUGACAGUGAGCUGUGGAGCAAUGUGGAGGCACAAGCGGCCUUCCUCGGACCCAACCUGUGGGAGAAGACACUCUCAUACGACUCAGAUCUUAAAUAUGUGGACCUGGACGAGUUCCUCUCGGAGAACGGGAUCCCGGUGGAGGGAGGAGGCGUGGGGGUAGGUGGGGGUGGCAAUCCGGUGGUAAAGGACACAUCCUGUGGCAGGAUAUCACCUCCCAACACGUCACAGCCCCCGGGCAUGCUGCCGAAGAGGGAGCGGUCGCCGUCGCCCUCGGAGCCCAUGAGCCCCCUCACCAUCAAUCCCCCCUCGCCCGCCGACUCCAGUCAGUAUAGUUUGACGGACAGCAUUGGACAAUCUUUUGAAUCACUCUCAUUCGCAUCGUCCAGUAGGGAUUUUGACCCGAGAACAAGAGCGUUUUCAGACGAGGAACUUAAGCCACAACCUAUGGUGAAAAAGUCAAGAAAGCAGGUUGAAAUGGGAGGGGGGUCGGACGAAGCUUCAAGCACCUUUUCAUGGCAGGGACUCGGGCCGGCUUCUCAAGAUUCUGAUUUUGUUCCUGAUGGGCUAAAGGAUGAGAAGUACUGGGCGAGACGACGUAAGAACAACAUGGCCGCCAAGCGAUCACGCGACGCUCGCAGGCUUAAAGAAAACCAAAUAGCUCUCCGCGCAGGCUUCUUAGAGAAAGAGAACCUUGGGCUUCGGCAGGAGAUGGAACGACUCAAGAAAGAAAACAUGACGUUACGGGACAGGUUGUCCAAGUACACGACGGAGAUUUAGGCAGCUGAGGAUGUAGCGUGCUACGACUAACCAGCAGACGACAGAAUCUCAGACGCAGUGUCUCCGUCGGGGACCGUAACCAGCCUCGGCUGCGGAAAUUCAUUGUGGAAAACUCUCUGGUGCUGAGCUCUUCACCCGCAGAUUUCUCUCUUUCAGCUGUGAAUUAAGUGUCCUCAAAGAUAAGCCAAUUACGAGAUAUAUAGUUGUAAAUUUUAUAUUUUAUUGCUAUUACCCAGUCAGACCUAGACGCUGCACAAUUAUUAGUUAACAUCACAGUUAUCAGCUAUUAUAUAUAUGUUUACCAUCAAUUUUUUCUGAGCACAUCUUCAGACUAAAUUAAUUUUUGAUCCCUUUGUUAGUUACUUAAUUUUAUAUAAGAUAUUUUAAUUAUUACUAUAUACAAAUCUGAUUAAGUAGUACAGUAGUUUUAUAGAUUUUGUUAUGUUUUAGUCAGAAAUAUUUACUUUGAUUUAAAUAUUUCUGAGGUUCUUGUUUUGUAUAUUUAUAACAAAAAGAUGUUGUAUAUAAACCACAUAGUUUUAUUUUUUCAUCUAAAACUCAGGAGUUGCAUCACAUUUUUGGAUUUGUAUAAACAAUAUUCCUGGAGGUAUAUUUUGGGGAUUAAUCGGGAUGGGAAGUAUUUUAGAGCCGUUAGUGUUAGAGGCGUAGGUAGCCUACCUACUCUAGCUGACUGUGUUGGAACAUGUCGUAGCUUCUGAGGUGUUACUCUGCCUCUUACAACGGUUUGAUGGAAAUGGUCAAAUAUAUUUUGAAUGCCUUUUCUAGGUCAUUCUGUUACCUUGUACAUUAUAAUGUUUUAAGUGAGUUAGACAUGUGAUAACAUAACAUUGCAAUAGAUUAUACUUAGAUGGAUAUUAAUUUUUAUCACCGCGUAAUAUUUUUUGAUCGAAUAUUAUAUGUUUUUGACGCAAUAUAUGUUGUGCUAAACGUGCAGUUUAGAGUUACCUUGCGUUGUGCGCUACAUCAUCUACCAUAUGCUGUAGAUCAGUAGACUCCUAGCUAUGUCUGUCAAUGUUUCCACUCUUAUUUCCCCUCUGAACAUUUGACAAUGACUAAACUAUGUUUAGCUUUGCAAUAUGCGUUUUGAUGCAUUCAUGCAUCCAAACAAACUGUUUGUUACUGUAUGUUGAUGUUAUGCGGUGUUCAAAAAAAUAUAAAUUAAUAAAAUUUAAAUGUUUGACAUGCUUUACCUGUAGUUAAUUGUCAUUAGCUUUUAGAUGUUAUAUGGUUAAAUAUUUUAAGAUUUAUAAAUUAGUAAGCUUGGUUUAAAAUGUAGUGUAGAAAUAUGAAUUGAUUUAAAAAUGUUUCUGUUUACUGUAGGCGUUGUAAUUAUCGUAACUACAUUUUAAAACAAAAAAAAAGUGCAGUUAGUUGAAAAAAUAAUUUAUAAUCAUAAAAUUAUAAUAUUUUACUAUAACUAGAGAAAUAUUAGGUAUAUACUUUAUAAUUGCAAAAUACAAAUUAAUAUUAUAUAUCAAUUAAAAUAUAAAUUUUAAAAAAAUUAUCCGAUUUUUAGUCCAACAGCACCAUUAAGGAACAUAGAACAGAAUAGAAACAGUUUAUUGGAAUCAAAAUACACUGUUUUUUCUGUUUGAAAUCAUUAGCUUUAAAUUUACAAUUUAGUUUUCAUUUUAGAAGCUAGUUGGCAUAUUAUGGUUUUAAGGCAUGUUAAAAAAUCUGCCAUGACAUUUCAAACCGUUAUUUAGCAUCAAAUGACAUAUUUAUUUGUUUCCCUGCUAACAUUUGAUAGAUCUCAAAAGUGAAUUUGACAAAAAUUGUUUGGUAAAAUUUGUUGUAAAACUCUUAAUAUGGGGUAGCAAUAGAUUCACGACAUUUAAUAUCCAGUUAUUUGUCUAUUCUCUGUUUUUAGGGAAAUUUCCAAUAGAUUUCAACCGCAAAAAAAUUGUAAAGUACUUAAAAAUGAUUGUGUUUUGGUCAAUAAAUAUUACCCAAAUACUAAAUACUAUCUUAUUCAUGUUUGGAAAUUUUAAAAAGUAUCAUCAAUAUUCAAACAAAGAUAAAAGUGUGAGCUCUUUCAACCACAACCCUUGUAAAUAUAAACUAUCAUACACACAACCAAAAAGAGUGAUUUAUAAAAAUAACUUAUGUUUAGUAAAAUAAUUUUUAGGUGUAAUUUCUUGUUGUAAUUAUGUAUUUCGGCAUCUUGCUGCUCGUUAAUGUUUUAUGUAAGUCUAGUAGAAUGAAGAUUUCCUGUACUGUGAAACCAAUUUGGGUAUAGAUGUUAUUUUAUGUUAAGUACAUGCAUGUGAAAUACAUGGUAUGUUAAUCUUGUUUCAUUCUUUAAAUUGUAUCAAAUACUGUAGUCUAUAAAUAAAGUGUUUUCAAGAUAAUGUUAA